ACGAGCAAAUAGUGGUAAAACGUCAUCAAUAACCUGAUGAGAUGACAUUUGUUCUUUCUCGGGCGUGAGUGAUAGUCGACUGGAAAGUGUCAGUGUCCUGGACGAUGUCCUGCCGGUGACAUGACAUAUUAACUUUACAUCGCUAUAAUUUUACAUUAUUUUACAAUAAUUUAUUCGAUUUUACUUGAUUUUACACGUGUUUUACUCCAAGUGAAGACACAAAGGACUCGUAAGGACAACCUACUGACCUCAUUAUUUAUUCACUAAUAUAAUUUGAAUAUCUAAAUAAUGAUGGAAUGGCUGCAAGUUUUUAAAUUGAUUUUUUAUAUAUAGAAAAGAGGUUUAAUUAAUUUUAAGAAGAUAUUUUAUUAUAAUAAUUGGUAAAAUGCCAAGAAAAGCGUUUUUAGUACAGGUAGAACUUAAUGUUCAUGCUGUAACUUGUCCUGGAGUUUGGUUAUGUCCAAACGGCAAGAUAUCCUUGCAGAUACAUAUGUUAGGUUCUAAUAUUCAAACACACUGCAUCGAACCGAUUUUUCCAAUCGUCUUCGAUGAGAAGUUUGUGUUCAGUCGAAGUUUUUACGAUGUUGGGAAAUUGGGUACUCUACAAAAAAUAUUUAAUAAAGAUACGCUGUAUAUCGAGCUAAUUCAAUGGCAAAACUGCGAAAAUGGCAAUGUUCUUGCAACGUUUCAAACAACUCUGGGUGAAUUACUAUAUCCAGAGUCAAAAGUACCAUCGCUGGGCAACGCUGAAGUCGAUUUAUUAAUGGAACCAAUGAAGAAUUUUCCAGGAAUACUAGCACCAAAAAUAGAAGUGGGAACCAAAACUACAAUCCAGGAUGAAUUAUGUCCUGCAAACGAGGAAUCUCUUGAAACUCAAGUUUUAUGCAAUCCAAACCUCAUCACAUCCAGCAAUCCUCAAAAAUCUCAUUCAUUGGCAAUAAAAUGCGGUUAUGAUCAUCAAAUUGCCCGACAAAAACCUGUCUGUCACACGAAGAGGUGUCAUAUUACCAAAUGUUCCCGAAACGCCCAAUGUAAUCCAGGAAGUAGCGAUAAGAAGCCACCGUUUGUUGUUCGAAAAGUACCUGACGAUUUAAAAUAUUACUGUAAAUGUAGUGAUUGUAAUAACGAGCGUUGCGAAGAACGUUCCCAGUUGCAAAUGGCGGCCAAAGUGCGGAAAAGUAGAGUAAUCCACACGAAAAAUACCAGCGUGCGAAGAGUCACAAGAGAUGCAAGUCCGGAGCGAUGUUGCAGAAGAACAAUGAGCGUCAACAGAGACACGAGUCCCAUACGUUGGAGUCCGCGACCUGUUUGUGAUUGUGGUGAUCAACACUCGGACAACUGCGUUGUUUGUGCCAAAUAUAAGCAUUACUUCGAAAAUAGAAGCAUAAAAUCACAAAAAAGACCGGAAAACAAACAGGAUAUGUAUGAAUGUCCGUGUCAACAAACGGAACCAGUAGUGGCCGAUGCCGUUUUGUGUAACUAUCCGCCAUUACAAUGUAGACAACCAUCGAUGGCGCAAAAAUUGCACGCACGCUUGUCGGAAACACUCAGUCAAUGCGGCGGAAACUGCCAACAAGUGCAACAAACAUUUCGCGAGAACUGCGAUUGUGGUGAUUGUGUUUGCGACAAUUUGCACAGUUGUUCGGGAGGCCUUGGUCAAUUCUAUAAAAAGUUAUAUAGUUGUAGCAAUAAAUGUCCUUAAAACUGCCUAAUAAUUAGUUACACUGUAAUACAAUAUGUUGAUAGUUAUUUUGGUUGAACUUAAAAUUCAUUUAUAUCGAUAUAAAUAAAAAUUAAUUAUUAGAUGUA